AGUGGCUGAGACGCCUGUGGUGGGUCCGUUCUCAGCACUUGCUGCUUUGCCGGAGCCCGGUGCCCCGGCUCCCCGCAGCCAGUUCCGACCCCCGACCCCGGCCCCGGCCCCAGCCCCGCGGCGCCAUGUCGGUUCGGACGCUACCUCUGCUCUUCCUGAACCUGGGCGGGGAGAUGCUCUACAUCCUGGACCAGCGCCUGCGGGCGCAGAACGUCCCUACAGACAAGGCCCGUAAAGAUGAAUGGACAGAGGUGGACAGGAAAAGAGUCAUGAACGAUCUCAUCUCAACCAUGUUCAAUAAGAAGUUUUUGGAGGAGCUGUUCAAGCCCCAGGAACUCUAUUCCAAGAAGGCCUUGAGAACAGUCUAUGACCGCCUGGCGCACGCCUCCAUCAUGAGACUGAACCCGGCCAGCAUGGAUAAGCUCUUCGACUUGAUGACCAUGGCUUUCAAAUAUCAAGUCUUAAUGUGUCCCCGACCCAAAGAUAUAUUGCUGAUAACUUUCAACCACUUAGAUGCCAUCAAGAAUUUUGUCCGUGACUCCCCAGAUAUCAUGAAUCAAGUGGAUGAGACCUUUCGGCACAUAAUUGAAGUGUAUGGUUGUCUUCCUGCUGGUGAGUUCCAGCUCAUCAGACAAACUCUGCUGCUUUUCUUUCAGGACAUGCACAUCCGGGUAUCUAUAUUUCUAAAGGAUAAAGUCCAGAAUUCAAAUGGCCGUUUUGUGUUGCCAAUAUCUGGGCCUGUUCCAUGGGGAACCAAAGUUCCUGGACUCAUCAGAAUGUUUAAUAAUAAAGGAGAAGAAGUGAAGAGAAUGGAAUUUAAGCAUGGCGGACACUAUGUUAGGGCAGAGAGUGAAGGUUCUUUUGAGCUUUCUGGAGACAGAGUCCUCACCCUCGGGACAAAUAUGUACAGCGCUAGUCGGCCAGUGGAAACACGGGUGUCUGGAGCAUUAAAGAAUUCAUCUUUGAGUACUAAGGAUAACAUUGCUGCGAGAACUCUUGCUAAAGAAGAACUGAAUUUCUUGGCCAGAUUGAUGGGAGGAAUGGAAAUUAAGAAAACCAGUGGGCCUGAACCUGGAUUCCGGUUGAAUCUGUUUACCACUGAUGAAGAAGAAGAACAUGCUGCAUUAACUAGACCAGAAGAAUUAUCAUACCAAGUGAUCAACAUUCAGGCAGCCCAGGACCAGCAAAGAAAUGAAGAGCUAACUCGGAUCAUGGGGGAGUUUGAGAUUCAUGAUCAGCCCCAACAGAGCACCAGCAAAGGUGAUGAUUUGCUGGCCAUGAUGGAUGAAUUAUAACAGUGGCCUGGCAAGCCGGGGGUUCCACCUACAGCAGAGACUGCUGGACCAGAGCUGCCUGAGACCAGAGUAGGACCCUCAAAGAUGCUGCUAGUUUUCUACCAAGUGGAGCCUUGUUAUCUCAUACUUUUUUGUACUGUGAUCAACUGCACAAGCUUCCUUCCCUUACUCAGAGCUCUUCCCCAAAGGCACCAACACACAUACACACAUACACACACACAGACGCACACACACACACUCAGCUAAAUUCAUUCUGAUUUUCAAAAUUGACCUUUUUGUGUUUCCUUUCCAAAUGUUAGCAGCCAUCCGUGGCUGAGCAGGCUCAGAUCCCGGCCCCCGAGUGCAUAAGGGUAAGACCAUGUGCGCUGCUUCUCAGUUUUGCUCCCUUUUCUGUGGGAGAUCUGGAUCUUGUCAAUAUCAGUGAUUCUGAAUGGGGAGUCUAAAGGUUUCUGCUUGUGUUCUGCCAUAUAGGGGGUUUGGAAAGCUCUCUUGUCCUGUGUAUUAGGAGCAGGAAUCUUAAGGAGGCAGAGUCAGGGCUGUGUCGUGGACUGUGCCAGCUGUCUCCUAAACAGGAACUGGGAAACAUACAGAUACACAGAUAUGUAGCUAUAUAUGUACAUAUAUAUACAUGAAGAAAAUGUUUUGCUUUUCAGCAUAGGCUGUGCUGCUUUACCCUCUGCUCUUUGUCCCCUGCUUCCUAUAUCUUUGCCAUCCCCAAGCUGGCAUGCCAGACCACCAAGAGGUCAUGAGAUAUAUCUCCUAAAGCCAAUGCUCUGUGCUCAGGCAACUGAGACACCACAGAGCUAUCACUUUGCCUUUGAUUACCAACCAAGCAAUUUCCCUUUAAGAGGAAUAGAGUCACAAGUCUAAUUAGGGCUCACUCAAAGUAUCCAUAAGCUUGGCCCUCUUUUUUUUCAUGAAACUGAAAUCAAUUCAGCCUCUUGCUACUGAAAUGGGAGUGAUCUGGGGAGCCCUUCCUUCCCAUGUGCUAGAUUGUAGGCUGUGGGAGCUAGCUCACAAUUUGCAAUAGGGGGGCUGGGGGUUAUCCCAAAGAGCAUGCACAAAGAUGGACUUGCACCCUGACCCUUAUGGUGAAUCAGAUGUGCUCUGGCUCAGUGCUGAAGGAUUUACACUUUAGAAUAAUGCAUCAAUCCCUUAUCGGUCCUCAUGAAUUAUAGCUGGUUCAGUUCCAGAUAAAGUAUAUGGAUUAUUCUUAAAUUAUUUAUAUAUAGGAAGCAUCCAGCUUGGUGAUGUGGAACCUCAUGAGAGGGUUACCUGGCUUCUUCCCUUCCUCCAUUCCCUCUAUCUGUCUUGUCCAAGUUAAAAUGGGACUCUUCUGCAGUGAGAACAAGGGUAGGGUUCAUCCCAUUCUUGUCUUUAAAAAGCUAUCAUCAGACUUAUUCCUAGAACUGUAAGUGUGCUCUGGCACUAGAGGAGGAUUUUGAAAUGAAUGAAUAAGUCAUCUUAGCAAAUUGUUAGUUCCUGCCCUUCUUAGUUUUCUGCAAAAGCUCCUCCACUAAAGUGUGUGGUAUUUAGGGGGUAUCAUGCAUUGACACUCUUGUUCAAAGUGCCUUCUGUUCAGUCCCUUUUACAGAACUUGGGUUUCCUUUGAAAGGGGUAGUUUGGCUGGGUGCAAAGCAAGGAUGAAAUGUUCCAGCCAUUUUAAAGAUUAGCUCCUAUCCCUUUGUUGAAGUCUGGCUAAGCAAAUUACAAAACCAGGCUUUACCAGGUGCUGGGAGCAUUGCCUCUGGGCCCUUGAAGGUGAGCCACAAACUGCCAACAAGAGAUGGCCAUCUUCCAUUAACAUAUUCCUGAGCGAUGCCCAUGAUUUCAGACAUAUCUGUCAUCUUGGUAAAUAAGAUAAAAAUCUCUAGGCCUGAAGUAGCUCUUUGAUGAUGAAAUCUUUUGGCCUGUUCCAUCCCUCUGGACUCUCAUCAAUACUGAAAAAGUGAGUGUAAUUCCUUUGUGUGGAGCAGUAAUAUCCAGAGCCCACAAGGGCACACGAAUAAGUCAGAAAGAACAAAGACUGGGUGACAGAAAUAAAACUCCCCGAAUUCUAUUCAUUUAACACCAAACCAAAGGGAACAGAGAAGUGUUGUUACCAAGAAGCCCCCAAAUGCCGCCCUCAUAGUGAUUUAAGACUUUCCACUAUUGUCAUUGGGACUGGAAGAGGACCAUCCAACCAUCUGUAGAUUUAGUCUUCAAGUCCAAGUAACAAUAUAACAACGCUGGCUAUCAUGAAGAGGGUCCUACAACUGAAGUGGGGGUGAGGAGGUAUAGAAAGUGAGACAAAUGAGAAUAGUCUUCCAGCGUGGUCCAAUGGAAGGAGUGUUACAUUUGGAACCAGAGUACCCAAGUUCUAAUCCCAGUUUUUUGUCUUACUCCCUUUGUGGCUUUGGGCAAGUAAUCUCACCUUUCCAGUCUGUUUCCUCAUCAGUAAAAGGGUCUGAAUUAGAUGACCUCUAAGGUCUGUUUCAGGUCUAAAUAAUCCCAUCUUGUGGCUCACACAGUAGUACUCAGGCCUGCCUUGUCUGUGGUAUAAAGUAAAACUCCCUUAUUCUCCAGCUAUGGGUAAGGAAGUAUCAGGAAGUGGGGUCUGCUGAACCAAACAUCCCCAAAGGAACAUUCAUCCUUGUCCUCCACCCCCAAGCAGCCCAAGGUGCCUCUACUCCUCGCCAGUACUCCUCUGCUCUGUUACAGACCCCAAUCCCUUCAUGUAGAUAGUAGGUUUGUAGGUGGCUGCAACCAAACCAAAAACAGUGACUUACCAACCUCCAAGAGAUGAGGCGCUCAUGGUUUUUUUUUUUUUUUUUAAUUAGAACUAAUACUUCACUCCAGUCAACAAACAUUUAUUAAGCACCAGUGUGGAAUGCAGUGCACCAGAUACUGUGGGUGUCAUUUAGUGGGUUGCUGUAUCACUCAAUGGUCCAUUUUCUAUUGUUGAGCCUCUGUGCAGCAUACUCUUGAUUGAGACAUGCUUUAUCAGGUCUGAAUUCAAAGCCUUUCUGGCUAGAUCAGGCCUGAUUUGAGUUCAUGUUUUGUUGGCAAAAUCUUAGCAGACUAAGGGUGAUGGCGACCAUGGGGCGGCCCAGCAAAUGGCUGUCUCUGGUAGAGCUUAUCGUGUUGUCAGAGCAUUUUUAUUGGCAUUUUCUCAUUGGAGUCUGCUAGGCUACUGUAGUGAAGAGCCCCGGCCCCAGUCAGCUUCAACUUUUAGAUGCCUGAUAAGUUCUCUGACCUCAGUUGCUUUCACUGCAAUGGGAAUAUUGACUAACACCUACACCUCAGUAAUGAAAAUGGACUUUGUAAGGACUGUGUGAGGGGAAACCAACAGCUGCCCGGGGAGGUUAGCAUUCCCCACUCCACAGGUGAGCGAAAUGAGGCCCAAGGAGGUUUUGACUUAGCAAGCUCCCACCAAGCUGCUAGUGGUAAAGUCAAGGACUUUACCUCCAGACCACUAACCAUUCUACUCCACUGCCUCUGUGUUCCUGUUUGUAGGAGGUUACAGCAACAGAAAAUGCCCAGUGGCAAAGAACAGAGCACAGCCUUCCCUCACUUCUUACCCUUUCCCAACCACAGAUUGUACACACACAAAAAAAAGUCUUCAUGAAAACUAGAUGGAGUUGGCUUGGAGUCUGAGAGACCUGAAUGUAAAUCCUAUCUCUGAUGCUUAUUAGCUGUCACCAUAUUUAAUUAACCCCUUUCAGCCUCAGUUUCCUUUUCUGUAAUAUGGGGAGAAUAGCACCUACCUCACAGGGUUGUUGUGAGGCUCAAAUGAGAUAUGUCUGUAAAGUAAACUUUGGAGCACUAAAUAAAUUAGCUUUCACUAUAAA